AUGUUCUUUGGCUUCCGAGACGAAAAGCAUCAACGUUAUGGCCAUGUUGCUCCGAAGACAGUUCACGGCCGAAUAGUGACCAUUAUUUACGCAGUGCUGGGGAUCCCGCUAACCUUGCUUUGCUUAACCAACAUCGGCAACUUGAUGGCUGACGGGUUCCGUAUCCUCUACGGCAAGGUUUGCUGCGGGUUGUGCUGCCUGUUGUUCAAACCGCGGAGAUGUCUUACUACACGCAUUAUCUCCCCCUCUCUCUCUCUAUCUAUCUAUCUGUCUAUCACAGUCUGUUCAUAUCUAUCUAUCUAUCUAUCUAUCUCAAUCUGUUCAUAUCUAUCUAUCUAUCUAUCUAUCUAUCUAUCUAUCUAUCUCAAUCUGUUCAUAUCUAUCUAUCUAUCUAUCUAUCUAUCUAUCUAUCUAUCUAUCUAUCUAUCUAUCUCAAUCUGUUCAUAUCUAUCUAUCUAUCUAUCUAUCUAUCUAUCUAUCUAUCUCAAUCUGUUCAUAUCUAUCGAUAUCUUCUGUUCAUAUCUAUCUAUCUAUCUAUCUAUCUAUCUAUCUCUAUCUAUCUAUCUAUCUAUCUAUCUCAUCUGUUCAUUAUCUAAAUCUAUUCUUAUUUAUCUAUCUAUCUAUUUAGGUCUGUUCGUAUCUAUCUAUCUAUCAAAAUCUGCUCAGAUCUAUCACUGUCUGUUUCUAUCCGUCUCUCUGUCUCAAUCUAUUCAUAUCUAUCUAUUUAUCGAUCUAUUUAUCUAUCUCAGACUGAUUCACAUUUAUGUGUCUCUCUGUUUGCCUAUCUAUCCACCUCUCUAUGUAUAUCAGUCUGUUCAUAUUUAUCUAAGUCUGUUCAUAUCUAUCUAUCUAUCUAUCUAUCUAUCUAUCUAUCUAUCUAUCUAUUUCAGUCUGUUAAUAUCUAUCUAUCUAUUUCAGUUUAUUAAUAUCUAUCUAUCUAUCUAUCUAUCUAUCUAUCUAUCUAUCUAUCUAUCUAUCUAUCUGUCUAUCGAUCGAUCGAUCGAUCUAUAUAUCUAUUGCCUAUAUAGAAAAUUUGUCUUUCUCACACUACCUUCCUUUCUCCCUGCUUUCUGA